CGACACGCCUCGCCGUUCUGUUCGUGGCGUGUUUCGGCGGCUCCUUGAAGGAUCCGCGUGACCUUCCGCAUGUUCUACCGCACGGUCCGGGGAGGGGGCUGGCGGAGUCCAAGAACUUCUCCUUGAGGCCGGGGUGUCUCGGCGGACCCUCCGGGCCCAUCGGAGACGUGAGGCAGAGUUGCUUUAUUUCUAACACCAAUUUCAAACUAUUUACCCUUGGAUAACAGUGCAAUUAUAUGAAAGUAUGGCUGGUUAUAAGCCUGUAGCGAUCCAGGCAUAUCCUGUACUUGGUGAAAAGAUCACCCAAGAUACACUGUACUGGAACAACUAUAAGACCCCUGUUCAGAUCAAGGAGUUUGGUGCAGUGUCAAAAGUAGACUUUUCUCCACAGCCUCCGUAUAAUUAUGCUGUCACAGCUUCUUCAAGGAUUCACAUUUAUGGCCGAUACUCCCAAGAACCUAUAAAAACCUUUUCACGAUUUAAAGACACAGCGUACUGUGCUACUUUUCGGCAGGAUGGUAGACUGCUUGUGGCUGGCAGUGAAGAUGGUGGCAUUCAGCUUUUUGAUAUAAGUGGGAGGGCUCCCCUCAGGCAGUUUGAAGGCCAUACUAAAGCAGUUCAUACAGUAGAUUUUACAGCUGACAAAUAUCAUGUGGUCUCUGGGGCUGAUGAUUAUACAGUUAAAUUAUGGGAUAUUCCAAACUCCAAAGAAAUUCUGACAUUCAAAGAACAUUCUGAUUAUGUGAGGUGUGGAUGUGCUAGCAAACUGAACCCAGAUCUCUUUGUAACAGGGUCAUAUGAUCACACUGUGAAGAUGUUUGAUGCACGAACAAACCAGAGUGUUAUUUCUGUUGAGCAUGGGCAGCCAGUGGAGAGUGUCCUGCUUUUUCCCUCUGGAGGUCUUCUGGUAUCAGCAGGAGGUCGUUAUGUUAAAGUCUGGGACAUGCUAAAAGGAGGACAGUUGCUAGUGUCUUUGAAAAAUCAUCAUAAAACUGUGACGUGCUUAUGUCUGAGCAGCUCUGGACAGAGGUUACUUUCUGGCUCACUGGAUAGGAAGGUGAAAGUAUAUAGCACAACUUCCUACAAAGUAGUCCACAGUUUUGAUUAUGCAGCUUCAAUUUUGAGUCUUGCACUUGCACAUGAAGAUGAGACAAUAGUUGUAGGAAUGACCAAUGGAAUACUGAGUGUUAAACAUCGGAAAUCUGAAGCAAAGAAGGAUUCUCUUCCCAGGAGAAGAAGGCCUGCAUAUCGAACUUUUAUUAAAGGAAAAAAUUAUAUGAAACAACAGGAUGACAUUUUGAUCAACAGGCCAUCAAAGAAACACCUAGAAUUGUAUGACAGGGAUCUGAAAAACUUCCGGAUCUCUAAGGCACUUGACAGAGUCCUUGAGCCCAGUUGUGCAAUUAAGACGCCUGAGAUUACAGUUUCCAUCAUAAAGGAGCUAAAUCGAAGAGGAGUCCUUGCAAAUGCCCUUGCAGGUCGAGAUGAAAAGGAAAUCAGUCGUGUUCUUAAUUUUUUGAUAAGGAAUCUGUCCCAGCCAAGAUUUGCCCCUGUUUUGAUUAAUGCUGCCGAAAUAAUUAUUGAUAUAUAUCUACCUGUGAUUGGUCAGUCACCUGUAGUUGAUAAAAAGUUUUUGUUACUUCAAGGACUUGUAGAAAAAGAGAUUGAUUACCAAAGAGAACUACUAGAAACGUUGGGGAUGAUGGAUAUGCUUUUUGCUACCAUGACAAGGAAAGCAAGCACUUCUUUGUUGCAGCAUAAUACAUCUGAUGGAUUUCUAGAGAACAAGAAGAUUGAAUCAUAGUGUGCGCUUAACAGGACACGUAAGAACUCCUAACUUGGAAUAGAUUUGAUGCUGUUAACUACUGGGAAGAGAAUCUCUUUGAUACAUUUAAAAAAAACUAUUUACAGAAGCAAUCUUAUGGAA